GUCCGGACUUUUGCUCCUCUGUAGUUUCCUCUGGCAAUCAAAAAAGAAACCGACAAAAGAGUGAGGAGAGAGUCAAACCUCGAAGGUUGAAGCUGAGGGCCAUGGCUCGUGGGCAGCAGAAGAUUCAGUCCCAGCAAAAGAACGCCAAGAAGGCAGCAGAGAAGAAGAAAUCUCAGGGCGCUGACCAGAAGACUGCAGCUAAAGCCGCUCUGGUCCACACCUGCCCUGUCUGCCGGACUCAGAUGCCUGACCCCAAGACUUUCAAGCAGCACUUUGAGAGCAAACACCCCAAGUCCCCCAUGCCCCCUGAGCUGGCAGACGUUCAGGCAUAAAGGACUGCCAACUGGACCUGAACCUGGGAUUAAAACGUGGACUCUUCAUGACCAUUGGCCUCUUGAAAUGAUUAAAAUCCCAUGAGCUGUUUUUGGAGAUUUGUGGUUAUUGUCCACUAAGAGCAUCAGACUCUUCAGCUUUGCCUCCUCUGUGCUGCUGCUCCACAGGUAUCCUCACUCAGUAACACUUUACAACAGUACCUCACGUUUAACCACACAGGAAGUUUCAUAGUAUGUUCUUUUUUUUUUUUUUUUUUUUUUAACCCAAAAAUUCCUCUACUUCUGCUCAUUUUGACAUUGUCCUCCUCGGGCACGUUUCCCUGAAUAAUGUUGGCAAUAACACAGUCUUUAUCCCACUUCUGUUAAACCAGGACAGGAUCUGUUUUGAAAUCCAAGUGCUAACAGUUCUGUGCUCAUUGAUUCUUUCGGCUACAGUCUGAAUGUUCAUUGUCUGAAAAAAAAAAAUUGUAAGUAGCCCCAAGGACUGAAAAUUUAGAUUUAAUUCAACUGCCAAAAUGAUUAUUCCCUGUUUUUUUGGUUCUUCAUUUGUUCACCUGUAGGCAAAAGCCAAUUUGCUUUCACUGUACUUUUUUUUUUUUUUUACCCUUUUCAAUAAACUGAACAAUGUAUUUAACGUGA